AUGGAGAGUCUAAAGCAUAGAGAUAAAAAUCGUUACAUAGUUUAAGAAAUGUUUUUCAAUAAAAAGGCUCUCUUAGAUUAAAAAGCUAAAUUACUUAAACUAAGAGCAUACUAGUAUUUUUAAAAAGAAUACGUUUGCAUUUUGAACUUAUUUAAAGAUAAAAGAGGUUAAUUUUUAACUUUGCUUAGUUGGUUUUUAAACCAUCAUAGAAUCGAUUUUAAAUUUAUAGAGUGUUUUUAAUAUUUUAUAUUCAUAUCAUCAAGUGACAUAGCCAGGCUUUCUAAUCUAGUUUUUUAAUUUACAGAACUUAUAAAACCAAAUUUAGCUCACUUUGUUUACAAUUAUUAGAACCUAAAAUUUGGAUAGAUAAGGUUUUAGCUAUUAGUAAGAUUUAAAUCUAAAAAACAAGAAAUUUAAAUUGAAAAUUUACUUAAAAAUUUCAAUUGUGUGACUUAUACAGAAUAUAAAUAUAUGAUUAUUUUCUUUUUUGACUAUAGAGGGUUCAUGACUUCGCAAAUAGAGUUAUAGAAAAACUAAAUAGAAUACGAUUUCUAUUACAGCUAGCCUAGAGUAGUGAGGAAAGAAGUACUUUUUCAGAAUGAAUAAAAAAUAGAAUUUUUUUAACUAAGGCAAAAACUUGAUUAUUUUUAUAAUACUAAAUCAGAGAAUAUAAAUGAUAAAAUAUGUGAAAAAAAUAAUCUAGUGAAUCUUGUAUAGCCAAUAAAGGAUUUGAUAUAUUACAUUGAUUUUUCUUUUAUAAGUUUUUACAAAAUGAAGGUGAACAAAGAAUUUAUUGAACUAAUUUAAAAUUAAAAAAGCAAUUCAACUGAAUUUUGA